AUGGCCAUCAAACCGGCCGAACUUGCCAUCCCCAUUAUCGAUCUCGAGCCUGUGCGCUCAGGAAAUCCCGAGCAGGUCCUGGAGACAGGCAAGAAGGUCUACGAAGCUUUUCGAGAUGUGGGCUUCGCAUACAUCAAGAACCACGGCCUUCCACAAGCAAUUCUCGACCAAGCAUUUGAAUGGAGUUCAAAAUUCUUCUCGCUCCCUCAGGCGGACAAAGACAAGGCGCCUCACCCGCCUUACGGCUGGUGGCACCGGGGCUACUCCGGCAUAGGACGUGAGAAAGUCGUCCAGAUGGUGUUCGAUCAAGACUCGAUCGCCGACCUACGGAAACGCCCUGACUUCAAGGAGUCGUUUGAACUCGGCCGCGAGGACGACGAGCACACCCCCAACAUCUGGCUCCCCGAGGAGGUCCUGCCCGGCUUCCGCAAGUUCAUGACCGAGUUCUUCGAGACAUGCUACAAGGUCGAACUCGACCUUCUUCGCGCGAUUGCACUGGGGAUGGACCUCCCCGAGGAUUUCUUCCGCGGGUACCACACCAAAAAGGACAACCAGAUCCGACUGCUCCACUACCCUCCCGUGGAGGCCGAGCUGCUCCGCGACGGCAAGAUGGAGCGCAUCGCCGCGCAUUCGGACUUUGGGACCAUGACGCUCUUGUUCCAGGACGAAGUCGGAGGGCUCGAGGUCGAGGACAUGCACGAGAAGGGCAAAUUCAACCCGGCGCCGUACGUCCCCGGCACUAUCGUGGUCAACAUUGGUGAUUUCCUGCAGCGCUGGAGCAACGACACGCUCAAGUCGACGCUGCACCGUGUGAGGGCGCCGCCUAUGGUGGAAGGGAUGACGAAGGCGAGGUACUCGAUCCCGUAUUUCGUCACAGCAGACAGAGACAAGACUGUCGAUUGUUUGCCUGGUUGUUGCGGCGAGGACAGGCCGAAGAAAUACGAACCGAUUAACGCGCGGGAGUACAUUGAGAUGCGGUUGAAUGCUACAUAUUAG